GCGUCCUGGCGGGAAAAUUUUCUCAGCUGGCAAUCAAAAUGGGGAAAAGGAAGAGGCCUAGGGUAUCGGAAGAAGAAGAACAUCGACCCGAUCAGGAAUCCGGAGGCGGACGUGAAGAAUCGGACGCAAGAGAGAAGAGCUUGUACGAGAUUCUUGGGGUUGAGAAGACAGCAUCCCAACAUGAAAUAAAGAAAGCAUACUACAAGUUAGCUUUGUGUCUUCAUCCCGAUAAAAAUCCUGGUGAUGAGGAAGCCAAAGAAAAGUUUCAGCUCUUGCAGAAGGUUAUGUCAGUCCUUGGAGAUGAGGAGAAAAGGGCAUUUUAUGAUCAUACUGAUUCUGUUGAUGAUGAUGCCAUUUGUGGAGAAGGUGCCAAUAAUUUGCAGGAUUUUUUCAGGAGAAUGUACAGAGAGGUAACAGAAGCUGAUAUUGAAGAAUUUGAAGCCAGUUACAGAGGAUCUGAUUCCGAGAAGAUGGAUCUGAAGGAGCUUUAUUCAAAAUUUAAGGGAAAUAUGAACAGGCUUUUCUGUUCAAUGCUUUGUUCAGAUCCAAAGCUUGACUCUCACCGGUUCAAGCAUAUAAUUGACGAGGCAAUAUCUGAAGGAGAAUUGAAUCCAACUAAAGCAUACCAGAAAUGGGCAAAGAAGAUAUCUGAAUCUAAACCUCCUACGGAUGCACUUGUGAAAAAGGGAAAAUCAAAGAGGCAGUCAAAUCUGGAUUUAGUUGCUGUCAUUACUCAGCGUCGGAGCAAAAGGAAAGAACACUUCAACUCCUUCCUGUCAUCCAUUGUGGCUAACUAUGGUGGACAGGUAGCACCAGAACCAACAGAAGAAGAGUUUGAGAGAGCAAGGCAACGGAUUGAAAGUCGGAAAGGGAACAAAAGGAGGAAAUAAAAGCAGAAAUUUGUGAUUGCUUGCUUCUUCUGCACUGGUGUUUUCUUGGCCUUACAAUGGUAGUUUUACAAAUUAUAUAUAUAAAUUUUAGUUCUAUUAUUAUUGGAAUACAGUUCAUUACAAUGUAUUACCAUCCAACGUUUUCUUUUGCCCGACGAUGAAGUGCUGAAUUUCUUGAA